AUGGAGCUUAACGAAAGGAUACUAUGUUAUUUAGAAGGAAGUGAUAAAGUCGAUACGUUGAAACUAGCCAAUGAAUUUAAUGAAGACCAUCAAAAAAUUAUUGGUGCGGUUAAAAGUAUAGAAGCUCUCGAGAUGGUUACUUCGGAGCCCGUAAAGACUACCAAGUGGGGUUUAACUGAAGAAGGACAAUUAGUCGCCGACCAUGGUAGCCAUGAAGCUGUCUUGUACAGGAGUAUUCCAGAGGACGGUAUAUCACAGGCAGAAGUUAUGAAGAAAGUUCCGAACGCAAAAGUUGGAUUUAGUAAAGCAAUGUCAUCAGGUUGGAUUUAUAUAGAUAAAUCAGCGGGUGCACCUUUAGUUAAAAGAAAAGUUGAGUCCAUUACUGAUACUGUACAAGAAAAUUUGAAUGAAAUCAAGAAAGGAAUUGAUAAUCUUACAGAUAAUAUUCGCAAUGAUUACAAGAAACGGAAGCUUUUGCAAGAAAUUACAUUGAAAAGCUUCAUUUUAUCUAAAGGUCCACAGUUUGCAACAUCAAUUAAGAAGUUAGAAACUGACUUGACCAGUGAAAUGCUAAUGACUGGUGCAUGGAAGGAAUUGCAAUUUAAGCCAUAUAACUUUGAUGCUUUAGGUCAGCCACCAGCAAGUGGACACCUUCAUCCACUGCUUAAAGUGAGGUCUGAAUUCCGGGAAAUAUUCCUAGAGAUGGGCUUCACAGAGAUGCCAACAAAUCAAUAUAUUGAGAGUUCCUUCUGGAAUUUUGAUGCUCUCUUCCAGCCUCAACAGCACCCUGCUAGAGAUGCGCACGACACAUUCUUCAUGUCUUCACCUGCUGCCAGUACAACCUUUCCUAUGGAUUACCUAGAAAAGGUUAAAAAGGUGCACAGCGAAGGAGGCUAUGGAUCGCAGGGUUAUAGGUAUGAUUGGAAAAUAGAGGAGGCACAGAAAAAUUUACUGCGCACCCAUACAACAGCAGUGAGUGCGCGUAUGCUAUACAAAUUGGCUCAGGAGAAAGAAUUCAGGCCACAAAAAUACUUCAGUAUAGAUAAGGUGUUCCGGAAUGAAACACUUGAUGCUACCCAUUUAGCUGAGUUCCACCAAGUGGAAGGUGUGGUAGCAGCGCGGGGCCUAGGACUAGCUGAUCUAAUCAGCGAGCUGGACGCUUUCUUCUCAAGACUCGGUUUUGAUAAACUGCAGUUCAAACCUGCCUACAAUCCAUAUACCGAGCCAAGCAUGGAAAUAUUUGCAUACCACACUGGGCUCGGAAAAUGGAUUGAAAUCGGCAACUCUGGCGUAUUCCGUCCCGAAAUGCUGCUACCAAUGGGAUUACCUUCAGAUGUGAACGUAAUUGCAUGGGGUCUAUCCUUGGAAAGACCUACAAUGAUCAAAUAUGGCCUCAACAAUAUCAGAGAUCUUGUUGGACCCAAAGUAGAUCUUCAAAUGGUUCAGAGCAAUCCGAUAUGUUUUAAAUUAGUGCGAGGCCCUUUGAGGCUGAGCGUAAGAAACUAUGAGAUACCAGAAAAAUUGAAGGGUGUAGCUAGUGACCCGAAUCCAAGCUUUUAUAAGAUGGUGGAGUAUUUUUACCACUACGCAGUGAAGGUAUGCGAACCGAGUCUUGAGGCCUAUUUAAAAAAGCAUACACAUUUCUCGGAUAAAAAACGGAAGCAAAGGGUCGCUGGAAUUUUAAAGGUUAUGGGCUCGUGUAAUAGUUCGUUACAAUUUGAAUUUCCACUUCAACGGAAAAAUGGCGACUAUGAGAUUAUACAUGCUUAUCGUUCGCAACAUAGCGUGCACCGCUUACCUUGUAAAGGUGGUAUAAGGUUUUCUGAUAAAGUUUAUCUAGAAGAGGUAAAAGCUCUGGCAGCGCUGAUGACAUACAAGUGUGCUUGCUCCAAUAUCCCGUUUGGUGGUGCUAAAGGAGGUGUUGCUAUAAAUCCGAAAAAGUACACAGUCGCCGAGUUGCAGAGGAUAACCAGACGGUAUACACUCGAAUUGGCAAAGAAAAACUAUAUUGGAGCUGGGAUCGAUGUACCGGCCCCAGACGUGAAUACAUCAGGAAGAGAAAUGUCAUGGAUUGUUGAUACAUAUAUAAAAACUUUGGGAUACAACGAUUUGAAUGCAGCCGCCUGCGUAACAGGGAAACCUAUAAAUGGCGGUGGAAUCCGUGGGCGCGUGGAGGCGACUGGUCGGGGUGUGUUUAUCACAGCCAGCGAGUUCAUGCACGACGAACAGUGGAUGAAGCUCAUCGACCUUGAACCUGGUUUUAACGGCAAAACGGCCAUAGUUCAGGGUUUCGGCAACGUUGGCAGUUGGGCCGCUAUGUACCUUCAAGAGAGCGGCGUAAAGGUAAUCGGUGUGCUGGAAGCUGACUGCAACCUCAAGAACCCGGAAGGCAUCAAGUGUAAGGAACUACAUGACUACAAGACGAAAAACCGCGGCAGCGCAAAAGGCUUUCAAGGUGCGACAGAAUGCGGCCCCGAGUUAUUGUACGAAAAAUGCGACAUACUCGUAGUGGCUGCUCUAGAGAAAACUAUCACACACGAAAACGCUGGAAAACUGAACUGCAAGGUUAUAAUUGAAGGGGCAAAUGGUCCAACAACGCCUGCAGCUGAUCUUAUCCUCCGCGAGAAAAAGAUACUCUGCCUUCCGGAUCUCCUCGCGAACGCCGGUGGAGUUACCGUGUCUUACUUCGAGUUCCUUAAAAACAUUAAUCACGUCAGCUUUGGAAAGCUCAGUAUAAAGUUUUGGAGGGAUUCCAACAGCGCACUGUUAGAUUCCGUAGAAAAGUCACUGAAGAAGUCGAACAUUGACGCUCAGAUUCACCCAACGCCGUUGUUCCAGUCUCUUAUGUCUGGUGCAAGUGAACACCACAUCGUGACGUCUGGCUUAGAGUAUUCUAUGAUCAAUGCUUGCAAUAAUGUGAAGCAAGCGGCGGCUGCACAUAAUCUAGGUUUAGACGUCCGAACAGCUGCCUAUAUAAACGCGAUUGAGAAGAUAUUCGUCACUUAUGACGAACAGGGCCUUGCUAUAUAA